CCCUAUUACGGUGGUGGUAAAUUAGUGAAAUUGUAAUAAUUUUUUUAACAUCCUAUCCCCACCCCUCAUCUUUGUUUGUGUUGGUGUUGUGACAGCUUAGGAGGGUGUACGUAGCUGAUUUCACAAUAGUUGAGAACAUAUUUGUAGAAAUUCAUAAUUAUUCCCCACUCAUGUGCAAAUAAGAUGGGGCGUAGCACCAAGCAGAUGUAUUUGUGCCGUUAUCUGAGACAUUUUGUUCAAUAGAAUUGUAUUGUGAGUGUGCAAUGCCCCUAUUGGAUCAAUAGUGUACUACAAAUUUAUAAAAUUACUCAUUCUGUCUUACUCAAUAGUGAUAGUGUAUAUAUGCUACAAGUUAUUACUCUAAUGAAUUCCAAUAACCACAACCAACCUCGAAGGAAUUCCUCGUCCUUCAGCAGGCACACGAACAACCAUCCAAAUAGACCAAACCAUGCACACGGGCACCAGAGAUGGCCCAAUCGCUACCCCAAAGACUACAGCAGGGAAUACGAUAAUAACUUUAAUCGGGGCAGCGAAUGUUCAGUACCCCCUAACACUAGCCCAAAAGACUCCAACUACGUUCAUGGGUACCCCAAAGUGCCCUCACAACUGAGCCCUGUGUUGAGAAACACCCACCUCCACUACAACAAUGAAGCUUCAGGACACCAACAUCAAGACAGACGCCACAUUCCCUUGUCCAACGCCCCUGAAAGGCGACACGCCCCAGUCCAAAACUAUCACAACGGUGGUGAUAGGCGACAUAUGCCCACCUUGGGGGACCGCCGCCACAUUUCGCCGCCCCUCCACAUUAAUAUCUGUGACAACCCCACAAACAUCAUUAACAAUUCCCCUUCAGACGUCAUGCAUCAAAGAAACAUAAUAGAUUUUUCAAAUUCUCAAAGGAGGCAUGGCAGAGAAGUUCGGGUGAGUCCGGUCCAUUUCCAGCAGCACUCACCCCAGUUUUAUAGGCAAGCAGGUGAAGAAAGUAUUAAAAGUGAAAGUCCGUCCCGAAAACGCCGACGCUUGUCGCGAUCUGGCCAUCAUAUUGAACUGAAUGCUCAACCGGCCUCACCCCCGAGGAGAUCCCCAAGGCAGCAUCCCCCUACCACGUCCCACCAUAAUAUGCAGGGCAGCCCUCCAUUACGGCGUCCGAGGUAUCGAGACAGAAACGAUUUCAUCCACCCACAUCACCAACCGUUUCUGUCAAGCUCGCCACCUCUUGCUCACGCCCACCCCCACCAGUCCUCCGUGAUGAUGGACAUUAACCAGGUGCCGGUCACUAUUCCGAUGAACCACGAGGCCAUGUGGAGCUACCCGUCUCCUGCGCACAUAUCCCUGUGCACGGCCCCUCCAGGCGCUCCCCCGCAUAUGCACAGUUGUCACAUGCACAACAUGUACCAAGCGCCCCACCAACUCGUGCCCCAGCAGUUCCCCGGUUGUCUUCCGCAUCAGGGCUACGGCGGAUUCCCGACUCCCCCCAGUGCCCUCUCCGUCUCCAACCCACAUUAUGGCCAACACCUUCCGCCCCAGAGAGCCGACAGCCUCGAGCUGGAGCUUCUCAACGACCACCAUUCCCACACCCACUCGGCGCUCCACGGUGCGCCUUCCCUCCAUGUCUCUCCCAUUCAGGUGACGCCUCCGGCGUCGCUCUUCCUUUCGGCGGAGACGAGAGGGAACCAGCUGGAGUUGCUCCACGCGAGGUCCAGGCAGCACAGAAAUCCGCGGUUACAACCGCCGAGGACGCGCUGGCACCACAACGCGCCGAUCAUUUCGGCGCCGGCGCAGUAUUCAGGCUUCCUACUGCAUUUCCUCGCCAUGUUUUCGAACCCGCCUAUGUCUCCCUUCAGCCAGACUGAUCUCAGUAGUUCGGAUACAACGGAAACGGAGAACUACGAAGCUCUUCUAAAUUUGGCUGAACAGUUGGGUGAAGCAAAACCCCGUGGUUUAGGAAAACUCGAAAUCGAGUCACUUCUGAGCUACAAAUUCAAUGCAGACACUCAUCAAGGGGAUCAAACAUCGUGCGUUGUAUGCAUGUGCGAUUUUGAAGCCCGACAAGUGCUCAGAGUCCUGCCCUGCUCACACGAAUUCCAUGCCAAAUGUAUUGAUAAGUGGCUCAGAUCAAACAGAACCUGCCCGAUAUGCCGCGGGAAUGCUUCAGACUACUUCAAUACUAGUGAUUAGAUCUUCAAAAGUUCCAACCGCAACAAUAACCUAAUUUAAAACUUUUGCAGAAUUUGAAGUUUUGUUCCGUCAGGUGCCAUUAGUUUGCCAGUAAUAGAUUUAUAAUAUCACUAAUAAAAAAAAAAUAUAUAUGUGUUAACACUUCCUAUUUUACUUAUCUAGUAGAUAUCGUAAAGCUUGAACUUGUUAGCAUUUGUCGGUAAGAUUUAGGUGAGCCACAUUUUGUUUUCUAGUGUCUGUAUUCAUGUGUCAAUGUCGUACACCUAAUUCUUCAUUGUAACUACCUCUAAUAAGACAGAGACGUCAAAUUUUGCAAUCAAACGAAAUUUUGUUUUGCGUUGAUCGACGAUCCUCUGUACGUUAUUAUUAAUUAUUUUUAAUUGUUUUUUACUUGUGCGAAUGUACCGUGUACAUGAUCUUCCAUAUGUUGUCUGUUAUGUAGGUUUUUUUUUGUUAUGGUUACGUAAGUGCUUAUCGUUAAACCUACUUUUCAUUAAGUUAGCUCCGCUUGCAUGCACCAUGCAAAACGAGAAUUAGAAUUAGUUGAUGGGCUUUUUUCAUUUUUGCUUACCUAAAAAGAAUAUUACGAAACUACGAUGUCCUUGCACACAUGCUUUAACUACACUACGCUAUACGUAAAAGGAUUUAUUUCUAACAAAUUUUAUAGGGAAGUUUGUACUUAAUUAUUUAAAUUUGUACCAACACGUACUUUCUUGAUAAUAUUGCAGUACAAUUCGAUGCUUUUAAUGUCACUUUCGAACAUUGUUAGAUAAAUUAAAUUUUAUCGAGUGGUAAUUAUUGUACAGAGAAUAAUUUAAUGUAAUAGGUGUGCCUUUAUAUUGUACAAUUCAACAUCUGCCAUUCCGUUUGAUUUGCACUACAUUUAAAAAAAAGAUGUAAAUUUAACUGGUACGCAGGACUGCCUCAAAAGUCAAAUGGAUUUAUAUAUUAUAUAUAUUAGAGCUGAAGAGUUGUUCUGUUGAUUUUUCUUUUGUAGCUUUAAAGCUUAAGUUAUAAUUUUUUUUGGGAUUUGUCUGUAGUAGCACUAUAGUUUAGUUAAUAAUGAAACCUUCUUUUGUGGCAGUUGGUAUAUUUACAACAACAUUUAAAAAAUGGCCUUUAUUUGUUAUAAGCACCCUCGUUUGUUGUGGUUAUUAAAUGGAUUAGUGUCACAGAGUGUUUGAAUUGCUAUCGAUUUUUUGGAUUAUUAUAAAUGUCGCCGAUAUUAAUGGAAGUUGUGAAGGUUGUGAUGUUAGCUCGCUUUUUUUCUGUAUAAGUCGAUACGUUAAAAUGGCUAUUUGUUGUCUUGUUUUUUGCUCAAUUUGUAUUUAUGUGUUAGGGAAUGGAAUUGUUUGAAAAGAAGCCAUUUUAUUAGUGGAGAAGAAAAUUGUUUUGGUUGGUAAAAAUUCUUAAAUUUGUAUUUUUGUUCGGAUGUGUGUUUUGUCGCAAUUAAGUGAAAUACUCAGUAGAGGGUGCCGUUGUUGUUCAGUAUACACAUAUCUCAGACACAAGUGCAAUAUGAAAGUCAUUUUAGCAUUUUUUCAAACAUAAACUAGCAAUAUUUAAUAUUCUAAGGCAUUCACAUUUAGCAAUUGCCGCAUAAUCAAACUAUAGAUUGUAUUUUUGUGAACGUGAAUACCUAAGUGAUACUUUUGCUUUUAGUGGAUUUUAAUAUUUAUGUAUUCAUAGGAGCUUAUAGUGGCUACUAUACUAGUUCUUAUUUCAAUAAAACAUUUAAAAGUG